AUGCAAGGGCUACCGGGUCCCGUGCGAGCCCGGCUAAAGACGUUAACACCAACUACGAAGAUUCGCUUUGCAAACUGGAACAUUGGCACGCUAACGGGACGCUCCACAGAACUUGCGGCCAUACUUGCCAGGCGUAAAGUGGCAGUGACGUUCCCGCAGGAGACACGGUGGAAGGCCAACAGGAGCCGGAAUAUUGGGCACGGCUACAAGCUGAUCUAUACCGGCUCUUUUGGUGGGGAGAACGGUGUGGCAGUGGUGCUCGCCGAGCAUUUCCACGAUAGCGUCUUGGAAGUUAGACGCAUAUGCGACAGACUUAUGGUAGUAAGGUUGCUUGUUGAGAGGGUCGUGACCCACUUAAUAAGUGCCUACGCCCCACAGGUCGGCUGCAGUGACGCGGAUAAGACGCUGUUUUGGGAUCGGUUUGGAGAUGUACUACGCGUCAUACCGUUGUCCCACGAUGUCGUGUUGGGUGGCGACCUGAACGGUCAUGUGGGCGAGGGAGAUGAUCUGGUGGGCGUUGCGGUCGAAGUUGGUACCAGAGACCUACGUGAAAUCGUACGUGAUAUGUACCGCAACUCCGAUUCAAUAGUCAGGACCGCUGUUGGUGAUACCACCCCCUUCCCCAUAACCGUAGGCGUGCAUCAGGGCUCCGUCUUAAGCCCCUAUCUCUUCAGUGUGAUAUUAGACGAACUGUCAGCCAGCGUACAGAAAUUACCGCAGCCUUGGCUGCUUAUGUACGCUGAUGAUAUCGCACUGGUAGAUGGGGACAAAGGACGGCUCACCAGACGCGUGCACGCAUGGAGGGAGGUGCUUGAGAACGGCGGGCUGAAGCUAAAUGUGGCGAAGACGGAGUAUAUGGCCUGCAACAGCACGGAUCUGACGUCUCUCCGUAUAGGCGACGACACCGUCGAGCACACGGACAACUUCAGGUACCUCGGAUCUGUGCUUGAUGCGUCCGGGGCAUCAAUUGCGAUAUCAAGGCUCGUAUAUCAGCGGCCUGGGCGAAAUGGCGCGAGGUGA